GUCUCCCCACCCCACAAGCCCAUCACCAAACCAGCAUACACUACUACUACUACUACUUCUUCUUCUUCUUCUUCCUCUCUCAAUCUCUCACUCUCUCUUUCCCCCUCAAAAAUGUCAGGUGUUUGGGUGUUCAAGAACGGCGUGGUCCGACUAGACCAGGGCUCAAGUGGAGGGCGUCGAAAGGUGCUAGUCCACACCCCAACUGAUGAAGUCAUAACCUCCUAUGAAGUCCUUGAGGAGAAGCUGACUUCACUGGGUUGGGAGAGGUACUACGACGACCCGGACCUCCUUCAGUUCCACAAGAGGUCCACACCUCACCUCAUCUCUCUCCCUCUUGACUUCAACAGGUUCAGAUCCAUGCACAUGUACGAUAUCGUUGUCAAGAAUCGCAACAUUUUUGAAGUCAGGGACUCCUAGUCACCUGGACUGGAUUGUCCAAUCAACUGGAGAGAAGCCAGAUUUUAAUUACGCGUGUUCGUGUGUUAAAAUUUUAUUUUAUGUUGUUUUUUGAAUUUCAGUUGUGUUUGAGGGGUGUUUAGUGACAUAUAUAGUUGGUUUGAAUUUUUUUUAAUUUUUAUGGUGUCUUUGUAAUGUAAUUUAUUAGGUUUAGUUUUGUGUGCUUAGGAAGUUGAUGGAGUUUGAAGCACUUGUUUGUUGUCAAUGUUGUGUAAAUUAUAUAUAGUGAUUCUGUAAUGAAAUUUGGGUUGCUUUGUGUGUUCUAA